AUGGUGAGGAUGAAAAAAGGGCAUUUCCCCGCCCCCAUCACGUCCAUAGGCACGGGCUACGACCUGCUCAACUCCAUCUUCUCCCCCGACGGUCGGAAUUUCCAGGUCGAGUAUGCAGUCAAGGCGGUCGAGAAUGGAGGUACAUCCAUCGGUAUCCGGGCCAAGGACGGCGUCGUCCUGGCCGUCGAGAAGAUCAUCACCUCGAAGCUGUUAAAACCUGGUGCCAACAAGCGCAUCGCCACCAUUGAUUCCCACGCAGGAGCUGUUUACUCCGGCAUGAUUCCCGACGGCAGACACUUCGUCGACCGCGCCCGUGACGAGGCUCAAUCAUGGCGGUCGACGCUCCGUACACCGAUCCCGACGUCCGAGCUGGCCUCGCGCAUGGGCAGCUACCUCCAAGCCUACACCAUGUACGGAUCCGUCCGGCCCUUCGGCAUCACCGCCAUUGUCGGCGGCGUCGACCCCUCGGGCGACGAGGACCUCGACGGCGUUGUCGGCUCCGGGCCCUCGUGCGGCGCUGGCGGCAAGAUCCCCGGGAAGCACGGCGGGCCCUUCCUGUACAUGAUCGAGCCCAGCGGCCAGUACUGGGGCUACUACGGUGCCGCCACGGGUAAAGGCCGUCAGGCCGCCAAGGCGGAGCUCGAGAAGCUCGACCUGCCCGCGGGCAACAUCACGCUCGAGCAGGCGGUCAAGGAGGCCGCCAAGAUCAUCUACCACGCCCACAAGGACAACAAGGAUAAAGAUUUCGAGCUGGAGAUGACCUGGAUCAGUACCAUCGACGGCCCUACCAAGGGUCGCCAUGUCGAGGUCCCCAAGGAGCUCAGGGAGGAGGCUGAGAGGCUGGCCCGUGCCGAGGACGAGUCCGACGACGAAGAUGAUGACAAGAAGGAUGAUGAAAAGAUGGAAGAAUAA